GCGUGUGCUCGUGCGGAGGCGCGUCCUGGCGCAGCUCGUGGUUCCGCCGGCGCAGCAGGAGACUGUUCCUGCGGACACACUGAAACAGCAGAGAGAUGCUCCGAAGGAACAAACUGUUUAUUUGCACAACAGCGACGUUUGGCUCAACUGCGGAGAAAACUCAGCUCAAGAAUGAAGCUUCAUUCAACACAUGUCAAGCUAUGACCAGCACACAGACCGCCUAGACCUCCACAUUACAAAGCUUGGACUUGAGAAUGAAGACCAAAUAUGCAGUUGUCUUCAUCUGUAUUGUGGCGCUGGUCAUCAUUGAAAAGGAAAGCAAUAUUCUGUCCAGGGUCUCUGAUAAGCUGACUCAGAGGCAGACUCCUCAGACUCCUCUGGAUACCAGCAACACGACAGAAAAUGGACCAUUCUUUGUGUUCAAAGUGCUGCUGUCCAAACUGUCUGGCACAGAAGGGAAGUUCCCAAAUCUCUCUGAGGAACAAACAGAGGAAGAGGCUUUGGGCAGCUACAGCAGCGGCCAGAAGCACAUACUGCUUUUGGCAACAACAAGAACUGGUUCUUCAUUUGUGGGGGAAUUUUUUAACCAGCAUGGAGGCAAUAUGUUCUACUUGUUUGAGCCUUUGUGGCACGUAGAGCGCAUGUUAGCCACAGAGGCCAACAACGGGUCAGUGUUGGCAAGAAUCUACCGGGAUGUUCUACAGGGGCUUUUUCUGUGUGAUUUCUCUCCUCUCGAGAAGUUCAUCUUUCCCCCGCCUGAGGACCACAUCACUCCAGCCCUUUUCCGCAGAGAGUCGAGUCUAUCGCUCUGUGAAGAACCCGUCUGCACUCCUGUAAUCAAAGACAUUUUUGAGAGGUAUCACUGUAAGAUGCGUCGCUGUGGGCCGCUAAACUUGACUCUUGCAUCUGAAUCCUGUCUUUCUAAGCAACACCAUGCCAUUAAGACUGUCCGGGUGCGCCAGUUGGACUCACUGGAACCCUUAGUGAAGGAUCCUCGUCUGGAUGUAAGAGUGAUCCAGCUGGUCAGAGACCCGCGGGCCAUCUUAGCCUCCCGUAUGGUGGCAUUCUCCUCAAAGUACCAGACAUGGAAAGCCUGGGCUCAGGACGGCCAGGUGCCUGAUGAUGACGAGGAGGUGAAGAGGCUCAAAGGCAACUGUGACAACAUCAGGAUCUCUGCAGAGGUGGGGCUGAGGCAACCUCGCUGGCUGAGGAGCCGCUACAUGUUGGUGCGCUAUGAGGACAUUGCUCGAUUCCCUAUGCAGAAGGCGGAGGAGAUGUACAGAUUCACAGGGAUACCAUUUAGUCCCCAAGCUAGGGAAUGGAUUCUAAAGAACACCCAGAUCACUCAGGGAGCCAGCGGGAUUUACUCCACGCAGAAGAACUCAUCAGAGCAGGCAGAGAAAUGGAGGUUUAGCAUCCCGUUCACACUGGCACAGGCCGUGCAGAGGGUGUGCGGACCCACCAUGAAACUAUUUGGGUACAGAUUUGUGGAUGACGAAAAGUCACUAACUAAUAAGUCAGUCAGUCUGCUGCAGGAGAAACUGUUUCACUCUUCAGAACUACAAAUGUAGAAACAGACAUCAUAGGAGCUAACAAAAACCAAGUCACAGACCGCAGUGACAAGUGCCACGACACCAAAGUUUGUUCCAUGUUAUGUGCCUCGAAUUCACAUUGUCAGCUCACUUGAAAAAGAGGGUUUGUUUACUUACUGCUUUUGAUGAAAAAUGCUAUAUUGAAGAAUUAUUUCAUGCUUUGUUUCAUAUGAAUGAAAUAAGCAUGGAUAAUGAGACAGACUUGUAAGAAAAUAUAUAUAAGAUUUUAUGGUUUAUUGAUUAUUAGUUUUUCCUUGAAUAAAUAACAGUUACAGUAAAAGUG